GAGAGGCAGAAUAAUGAGUGCCUCCAAUCAAAUCCCUCUCCUGCUGUGGAAGAACUGGACUCUCAGGAAGAGACAAAAGCUCCGCUUCCUGGUGGAACUUGCCUGGCCUCUCUCUCUUUUCCUGGUUUUAGUUUGGCUGCGGAAAUCAAAUCCUCCGUACCAACAACAUGAAUGCCACUUUCCCAACAAAGCUAUGCCCUCUGCAGGAAUGUUGCCAUGGUUACAGGGCAUUUUCUGUAAUCUGAACAACCCCUGCUUCCAGCACCCCACCUUCGGAGAAUCGCCUGGUGUGGUUUCAAACUACAGAAAUUCCUUACUGGCACGUGUUUAUGCAGAUGCUCAAGAGCUGGUGUUUGAUAAACCUGAAAUUCAUAAACUGAGCAUAAUCUGGAAUGACGUGCGCCUGCUGUCUGACCUGAUGGAUACACUCAGAUCCAACCCCAGGAGGUUUGCAGGCAAAGGCAUUCAAAUCACAGAUAUUCUGAAGGAGGAUGAAACACUGACGUCAUUUCUACUCAAAGACAUUGGACUCUCAAACUCCGUUGUUCAUCAGCUAGUCAGUGCCAAAGUGCGACCUGAACAGUUUGCUUAUGGCAUUCCAGAUCUAUCCCUCAAGGAGAUAGCAUGCAGCCAGGCCCUCCUUGACCGCUUCAUCAUCUUCUCGAGUCGGCGAGGAUCGCGCACGGUUCUCAACGGGAUGUGCGUCCUGUCGCAGCAACGACUCCAGUUGGUGGAGGAUGCACUUUAUGCAAACGUGGAUUUCCUUAAACUCUUCCAAAUGGCCCCAAAAGUGCUAAACAGACAUUCUGAUGGAAUAGACCUGAAUUUUUGGCUAAGGAUUUUAAAUGAUGCAUCAUCAACAUUAGAAGAGUUCACCACGAGGGAUAGUGUUGGAGAUUUACUUCAGGUCGUUUACCCAUUGUUUACUGAGGAGGGCCCAGCUUCGUUCAGCCAGAUGACAGCCCUGUUCUCACGUCUAAUCUGUGGCUAUCCCGAGAAAGGAGGCUCCAGGAUCUUCUCUUUUAACUGGUAUGAAGAUAACAAUUACAAAGCUUUCCUGGGAAUUAACAACACAAAGAAAGAGUCAACGUAUACCUAUGAUGACACGACAACUCCCUUCUGUAAUGCAUUGAUUCAAAACAUGGAGUCCAAUCCUGCUACCAAGAUAGCCUGGAGCAUGCUGAAGCCGCUACUGAUGGGGAAGGUUCUGUAUUCUCCUGAUUCGCCCGCAACACGGCAGCUGAUGAAAACGGCUAAUGUCACUUUCGAGGAACUACACAGACUUAAGCAGAUCGGAAAGGUCUGGGAGGAGGUGAAGUCUCAGCUUUGGAACUUCUUCCAAAACAGUGUACAAAUGAACAUAAUCCGCGACUCCAUAAAAAACCCCACAGUUUCAUAUUUCAUAAACUUGCAACUGGAAGACAUGGACUUGACGGCCAGUGACAUCAUAAACUUCCUAAACAACAGACCAUUCAGCGAGAGUGCAGACGGACUGCCAACGUUUAGCUGGCAGAAUAUUUAUAACAUUACCGACCAGCUACUCACCACAUUCAAUAAUUAUAUGGAGUGCUUAAACCUGGAUAAAUUUGAAGGCCACUUGGACGAAGGGCAUCUCACCCACCGAGCACUUUAUCUGCUGGAAGAAAACAUGUUUUGGGCCGGGAUAGUGUUUCCAGACUUGGACCCGUGGUCGAGCCAGCUUCCAACGCACGUCAAAUAUAAAAUCCGCAUGGACAUUGAUGCAGUGGAGCGAACCAAUAAAAUAAAAGACAGGUACUGGGACCCAGGCCCCAGGGCUGACCCGAUAGAGGAUUUACGUUACAUCUGGGGAGGUUUUGCUUACCUGCAAGACAUGAUUGAACAUGGAAUUAUCAGGAUACAUACCAACACAGAGGUCCCAUCUGGGAUCUAUGUCCAGCAAAUGCCAUAUCCCUGCUUCGUUGAUGACAUCUUCAUGCUAGCAUUAACUCGCUGCUUCCCGAUGUUCACCGUACUCUCCUGGAUCUACUCGGUCUCCAUGACCGUGAAGAGUAUUGUACUCGAAAAGGAGCUGAGGCUGAAGGAGACAAUGAAGAUCAUGGGAGUCACCAGCUGGGUGCACUGGGUGACGUGGUUCAUCGACAGCUUCAUCAUGAUGGGCGCCAGCACCGUGCUGGCAACCGUGGUGAUCAUGAGAGGAAAUGUUCUCCUCUACAGCAACCCCUUCCUCCUCUUUGGCUUCCUCCUGGUCUUCAGCUUGGCCACCAUCAUGCAGUGUUUCCUGUUGAGCGUCUUCUUCUCCAAGGCCAAUGUGGCCGUGGCUUGCAGUGGGAUCAUUUACUUCACCCUCUAUCUGCCUCACCUCCUCUGCUAUGCCUGGCAAGACAGGAUGACCAGAAACAUGAAGUUGACUGCGAGCCUAUUGUCUCCAGUGGCCUUCGGCUUUGGAUCUGAGUACCUCUCCCGCUACGAGGAGCAGGGCCUUGGUCUGCAGUGGGGCAAUAUCCGUGACAGCCCUGUGGAAGGAGACGAGUUCAGCAUGCUACUCUCCAUCAAGAUGAUGCUGUUUGAUGCAUUUCUCUACGGAAUUCUUGCCUGGUAUCUCGAUGCUGUGUUUCCAGGUCAGUACGGAGUGCCCGCACCCUGGUAUUUUCCACUCCAGUUUUCCUACUGGUUCAGUGCUGAGAAACCACAAGCUGCCACGGACGGUGAAAAAGAAAUGCGAGUGGGUGUAAAAGAAGAGGCUGUGGGAGAGGAGAAAGCAGAGAGGCCCGGGGAGGUGAAGGAAAUGAAGGCCAAAGACCAAGCAGCCGGGCAGUUGACGGAAGCGCCAGGCACGCCUGGAGAUGGCGGCAGACUGAAGGUGUGUAAACUGAAGGCGCAGGAAGCGAGGAAGAAGCAGGAGAGGCUGGAGAAGGAGAGGCUGGAGAAGGAGAGGCUGGAGAAGCAGGAGAGGCUGGAGAAGGAGAGGCUGGAGAAAGAGAGGCUGGACAAGGAGAAGAAGGAGAAGGAAACAAUCAACCCGGUAACAGCAGCAAUGGCAGGAAACCCUCUGUACGAGUUGGAGCCGCCUAGUCUGACUCUGGGAGUGUCCAUCCAGAACCUGGUGAAGACUUUUGGUGAGGGGCAGAAGCCAGCUGUGGAUGGGCUGAGCAUCAACUUCUUCCAAGGGCAGAUCACUUCCUUUCUGGGUCACAACGGAGCUGGAAAAACCACCACAAUGUCGAUGUUGAUCGGAUUAUUCCCACCCACAUCUGGAACAGCGUUCAUCAAUGGCAAGGACAUUCGCACGGACAUUAAUGCAAUUCGACAGGACAUGGGCAUAUGCCCCCAGCACAAUAUUUUGUUUAAUAACCUAACCGUGGCGGAGCACAUCCUAUUUUACACUCAACUCAAAGGCCAAGCCGUCGACGAGGCAGAGAAGCAGACAGAAGUCAUGCUGGACGAAAUCGGAUUGACGCACAAGAGAGAUGAGCUGGCUCAAAAUCUAUCAGGUGGAAUGAAGAGGAAAUUAUCAGUAGCCCUGGCGUUCAUUGGAGGAGCUAAAGUGAUCAUUUUGGAUGAGCCAACGUCUGGAGUAGAUCCAUAUUCCAGGCGAUCUAUCUGGGAUCUCCUACUGAAGUAUCGCUCAGGAAGAACAAUCAUCCUCUCCACACAUCACAUGGAUGAAGCCGAUCUUCUCGGUGAUCGGAUCGCCAUCAUUUCCCGGGGAAAGCUACUGUGCUGCGGCUCCUCUCUAUUCCUGAAGAACAGCUUUGGCUCCGGUUUCUACUUCACCCUGGUCCGCAGGAUGAAGAAAGUAAAGAGAAUGAAGCGGGAAUCAGCGCCGACCUGCACCUGUGCACCAGGCUGUAGCUGUGCCUGCUCCAACUGUUUCCCACUUGAUGAGACCCUUCCUGAUGAAGAACUGGAUGGCGACGUGGACUCGUUAACAAAACUCAUCCAGCAUCACGUCCCCGAGGCCCAGCUGAUCGAGAAUGUCGGCCAGGAGCUGUACUACCUACUGCCCAGUAAAGACAUCAAGCACCUGGCCUAUGCCAGCCUCUUCCGAGAAGUUGAAGAGACGCUGCAAGACCUGGGUCUCAGCAGCUUUGGUGUGUCCGACACCUCGCUGGAGGAGAUAUUCCUGAAGGCUACUGAAGAUGCUGCUCUCAAAUCAGGCUGUCGCAUCUCAAGAACGCCAGAAGCAGCCGUUGGAGUGGAACAAAAGGCAACGGUUGUGGAUGUUGAGGCCCAGGAUGCCAAGGAGGGUCCCCAGAACAGCCAAGCUGCGGAGAAGGCACAAAACAUGACAAGAGACACGUCCGGGGCGAAACCGAACGGACAGCCGGCAGCGGGCAGUUCGCACCCAGCCAUGGCUGAGGUGUCCCCUGAUCCCACAGGCCAGCAGCCACCCGCUGGGGCUGACGGCAAAGGCUCCAGACAAAUCAAGGGCGGAGAGCUCGUAAGGCAGCAGUUCAAGGCGUUGUUCAUCAAAAGAUUCAACCAUGCCAUCCGCAGUCAAAGGGAUUUCCUGGCACAGUUUCUCCUACCUGCAAACUUUGUGCUACUGGCUUUGAUCUUUUCACUUAUAAUCCCUCCAUUUGGAGAGUAUAGAAGUUUAACGAUGCACCCAUGGAUGUAUGGUGAACAAUAUACUUUCUUCAGCAAUGAACGGCCAUCUGAUGAGAAGCUGUGCCAAUUGACGGAGGCACUGGUGAACAAUCCUGGGUUUGGGACUCGGUGUAUGAAGGGCAACCCCAUUGAGGGAUACCCCUGCGGGAACCAUUCCACUGACUGGGGAGUCCCGAAACAUGACCGCUCAAUAGCCAACGUGCUGAAAUCUCCCAUCUACUCCAGCAACAACCCGUCGCCACCGUGCCAGUGCAGCACGAGAGGCCGCCUGGUUAUGCUCCCCGACUGCCCCCCAGCGGCCGGUGGCCUGCCUCCGCCACAGAGAAUCCAGAACUCAACGGAGAUCCUGCAGAAUCUCACUGAAAGAAACUUAUCAGAUUUCCUGGUUAAAACGUACCCUAAACUGAUAAGGAGCAGCAUGCAGAGCAAGUACUGGGUGAACGAACGCAGAUACGGUGGGAUUUCUAUCGGAGGAAGACUCGCUGGUUUACCCGUCAACCAUAAACAGAUAACCACGGUCUUCACUCAACUGGGCAGAAUGCUGAAUGUUACUGGGGGCAAUAAUACGCAGAUGGUAUUCAGCAAUCUGAAUGAUUUCAUUAAAUAUUUGGAGACUGAAGAAAAUAUUAAGGUGUGGUUCAAUAACAAAGGCUGGCACGCCAUGAUUGCCUUCACGAACGUUGCCAACAAUGCGAUCCUCCGGGCAAACCUUGCCGAGCAGCAGGAGGCUGAAGACUACGGCAUUACCCUCAUAAAUCACCCCCUCAACCUCACAAAGGAGCAACUUUCAGAAGUGACAGUCCUCACUACCUCCGUGGAUGCAGUGAUCGCCAUCAGUGUGGUGUUCGCCAUGUCUUUCGUCCCGGCCAGCUUUGUGCUCUACCUGAUACAGGAGAGGGUUUCCAAUGCAAAGCACCUGCAGUUUGUCAGUGGAAUGAGCUCAACCACCUACUGGGUCUCCAACUUUCUUUGGGAUAUGUGUAACUAUUCAGUGACCACAGUCAUGGUGACCCUGAUCUUCAUCGGCUUCAAGAAGAAAGCCUUCACCUCUUCGCAGAACCUGCCUGCAUUUGUAGCUCUCCUGCUGCUGUACGGGUGGGCAGUGACCCCCAUGAUGUACCCAGCAUCGUUCGUGUUCGAUGUUCCCAGCACUGCCUACGUGGCUCUGUCCUGCAUCAAUCUCUUCAUUGGCAUCAACGGCAGUGCUGUCACCUUUAUUCUCGACUUGUUCGAAAACAGCAGGGUUUUACAGAUGUUCAAUUCAAUGUUAAAAAACGUUCUGAUAAUAUUUCCACAUUUCUGCCUGGGACGAGGUCUGAUUGACAUGGCCAUGAAUCACGCAGUGACUGAAGUAUACGCAAGGUUUGGCGAAGACUUUUAUUUUAAUCCAUUCCAUUGGGAGUUCAUUGGCAAGAAUCUUACAGCCAUGGCGAUCGAGGGAAUCGUCUACUUCCUGCUGAACCUUCUCUUCCAACAUCGCUUCUUCCUCAGUCACUCGCCAUCGACAGCCGGCAACCUUCCCGCCAUUGAAGAAGAUGACGAUGUGGCUAAGGAGCGCGAGAGAAUUCAGGGCAAAAGCACGCACGACAUUCUGAAAAUAAAGGAGCUGACCAAGUAUUACGCAGGGAAAUCCAGGCCCGCCGUUGACAGGAUCAGUCUAGGAGUUCGUCCUGGAGAGUGCUUUGGACUUCUGGGUGUCAAUGGUGCUGGAAAGACGACGACCUUCAAAGUACUGACGGGCGAUAUCCAUCCCACGUCUGGCGAAGCUUCAGUUGCAGGCUACAGUAUUCUUGGCCAGAUUGAAGAUGUCCACCAGAACAUGGGAUACUGCCCUCAGUUCGACGCCAUCGAUGACCUCCUCACGGGCCGCGAACACCUCCAGCUCUACGCCCGCCUACGAGGAGUUCCAGAAGAUGAGAUGGACCGGGUCGCUGAGUGGGCAAUUGAGAAGCUGGAUCUCACCGAGUAUGCUGACCAGAUGGCUGGUACCUUCAGCGGAGGCAACAAGCGCAAGCUCUCCACAGCCAUAGCCCUCAUUGGCUGCCCUGCAGUGGUGUUACUGGACGAGCCGACCACUGGGAUGGAUCCAAAGACGCGGCGAUUUCUCUGGAACUGUCUCCUGGGUGUUAUCCGUGAAGGAAGAGCGGUGGUGUUGACCUCACACAGCAUGGAAGAAUGUGAGGCUCUCUGCACCCGGCUGGCCAUAAUGGUGAACGGUCAGUUCAAGUGUCUUGGCACCAUACAGCACCUGAAGUACAAGUUUGGAGAUGGUUAUGUGGUGACGCUGAAGAUCAAAGGAAGUCAGCCUGGAGCCUCACCCGACCUGACAGCGGCCGAGACAUUCAUCAAGAGCAACUUCCCCGGCAGCCUGCAGAUAGAGAAACAUCACAGCACCAUCCAGUACCAGCUGUCUUCAUCCUCAUUAGCCAGAAUCUUUCACCUACUCAUCUCUAACAAAGAGCAGCUGAGAAUCGACGAGUAUUCUGUCUCACAAACAACUUUAGACCAGGUGUUUGUGAACUUUGCCAAACAGCAAACAGCUGAAGACGAGAAUCUCGCCCUCCACCCCCGCGCUGCGGCGGCCAGGAGAGAAGUGAAAGUCACACCAGCUCCCGCGGAAGCAGCUCCCAGCUCAGCCGGUGGUGGCCUGAACAAGGAGAAGAAGUCCUGAGGAAAUUCCAACAAAGCCACAGUGAACAGGCGGCACCACGUGGGCUGAAUCGUAAAGGUUCUGCCGUUCAAUAUGGAAGACCACCCCUGUGAUAACUCCACGCAGCUACCACUACCAGGAGCAUCAACACGUGGAUGCCAACCAUUGUGACUUGCUAAAUAGUGGGCUGCUAAUCUCAAUGUCAUGUCCGUCUCACUCUAAAGGAAGGUCCACCUGUGACUGAAUACAGUAGCUUUAAGUA